AUGGCAAACAGCGGACACGAUUCAGAGAUUAAAACUUUGUCGUUUAAUGAUCGUGUUGUAAAGUAUGUAAAAACAAAAGAAGCUGAUGUAGUGGAAGAUCAAUAUGAAGGUAUUUUAUAUUGUACUUUAAGUUUUUGGUUUAGGAGGUCACCAACUUUGGCAAGGAACUAGACUACAGCUGUCCUAUUACUCAGGACUUUCGGACUUCAAGACUAACAAUGUUUUAGAUGUAAGUUGUAAUUUCAAUUGUUGUAUCUUUCGUUCUCUUUCUUAAUUUCUGGAAUUAGCUUUGAAUCAUUAAUCUUUGUGUUUAGAUAGGUUGUGGCAAUGGGCUUCUUGGCAUCUUCUUGGUAUUAUACAGCGGGGCCAAAAACGUUGUGUUUCAAGACCUGGCAAGUUAUAUUAUUUUUGAUAUUAUCGUUUAGAACGAAGAUGUCUUAUCUGAGACAACAAAGCCGAAUCUGGAGUUGAAUGAAAUAUGUAGCACAAAGUAUUCUUUAGUUUCUGGGUUUUGGCCUGACUGUUUCAAAGAUUUACCCAUCAAUUCGUAAGUAAAACCAAAUAUUUAUUGAUUAUAUUUUAGUUUUGAUCUGAUAGUUACUUCCGAUACCGUUUAUCGCGUCAAAAACUUUGGACAUCUACAUGGAAUCUUCGAGAAGUACCUUCAGAAGAGCAAAGAUGCAAAGGUGUAAGUGAUUUAUGUUUUAAAACAUAACUGGAUGGAUAAAAAAGAGAACAGGUUUUAAUGUUGUGGUUGUUCAAUUAUCUUUUGACUUUAAACCUUAUUUUAGAUUUGUAAGCGGAAAAGAUUUGUACUUUGGAAAUGAUGGUGGCAUUCUGCCAUUUCGUGACUAUGUUACCAAAAGUAACGUGUUUGAUGUUACUGUUGUUAUGACCGACGAAGGUAACGUGAAUCAUUCGGUCUUGCAGCUGAAGUGGAAGUAAAACAUCGUCGGAUACCUACUUCAUCUUCUGGGGGGACUAGAAGUACCACAAAUUCUGAAGCCUCAUUGUUACUUUUGAUUGUUAUUUGUUUCCGUUAAACUGUUUAUAAACCCUAUUCUUUAGUCUGGUUGAUUGAAUCAUCACGAGAUCAUUAGACGCCUCCGUUGUAAUAAACAUCAUAAAGUAAUUAUUAAACGCUUUUUAUUGAACGAAGAGGUCGAGGUUUCUCAAAAAGAUCAUUUAUUCGAUAAUCCUUCGUUGCGUUCUGCUUCUGUAGAUAUAUAGGUGGGUUCAGAAGACAUCCUGUUCACUUGUUUUACCAUGGAGAAGGUACGAAUCGACAAUCCGCAUUUACUGCUCAUGAAAGACGACACUUUGUAUCAUUUCGGACUGAAGAAAAGCACCACAGACUUUGUAAAAGAAUUUGGAGAUGUCAAAGUAUGCUGUUUUAUGACGUAGUUCUACUGAUUAUUUACAAAACGAUACUAUCUCGAUCGUAUAUCUGUCUUGUUUUAGUUUGUAUGUUGUGGCGGAAGCUCUGGCCGCAUAAAGAUGUACGCUGAAUUGUUUUCUAAAAAGUUUUCUCUAUUGUGUUCAGGAAACUUGUCAAGAUCAGAUCGUUUUUGUCUCUACAAGACAGGCGGAGUACUGUGGGUGAACGUAAGUUACAAUUACCUUAAUGUAUACACCAGGGACGUCGCUACGGUUAAUUAGCUACCUGUGGACCGAUUUUUCGAAAUUUUUUUUUCGUUUUUGAGUCACCCCGAACCACCCCCCUCCUAAACGACGUCCCUGGUAUAUAUGUACCUUAGCAUGGAAUGGGAGUACCGUCUUUGAGUAUCAUGCUGAACGAAGCGUUCAAGCUUUUGUAUUACGCUGGGGCAACAGAUGUGACAUUUGUGAGAAUUGGUACUAGUGGAGGCAUUGGAGUACCACCAGGUACGGUAAUAGUGUCAAAUAAUGCUAUGGACUCCUUGUUGAGGAACGAGUAUGUUUUGGAAACAGCCGGCAAGACUCUGAGGUUUGAUUGCUCAUUGGAUGAAGAGUUGUCACAAGACUUCUUCCGAAUGGCCAAAGAGAUGAACUAUGCAGCAGAUAUGGGUACUACAAUGUGUGCAAAUGACUUUUACGAAGGUAAACAGCCUUUUGAUUGAAGUAUGUCAUGUUUAAUAACUGUUUACGCUAAGUCAAGAGUAGGAAAUCGAAAGUACAAUAGCAAAAGAGACAACUAUUCUAUGAUAACGUUACAGUAUACUGUGAAAAUCUUAUAAAGGUAUACAUGAUUAACAUCGUAAUUUAGGACAAAUGCGACUGGAUGGUGCAUUUUGUGAAGUCUCCCUUGAAGAGAAGGUCGAGUAUCUCAAGAAGUUGUCAGCUGCUGGAGUUAAAAACAUUGAAAUGGAAUCAACUUGCUUCGCUGCCAUGACAAAACGAGCAAAUUGCAAAGGUAUGCAAAUUUUAUCUAUAAAUACGUUUGCAACAUAAAAUGUUGUUUACAUUUGUGAAUCUGGUCUAAAGACAGGUAGAACUUUGUCACAGAGCUCCGUAAAAUGUAAACGUUUGUGUAGAACUUGUUAUUUCUGAAGUUUACACCAUAUUCAUAGCCGAAUUCAUAUUUCUUUAGAAACAGAACAAAUAUAACUCAUUGUUUUGAUUAACACGAAUUGAAAUUGCAGCAGCGAUAAUCUGCGUGACACUCGUCAACCGAAUGCUGGGAGAUCAAGUGACGGUCGAAGAGAACGACUACAAGGAAUUCGAGAUGCGGCCAUUCAACGUGGUCACUAAAUUCAUAUCAAAACGGUUGCAAUACAACGGCUACUGA